AUGCUUGUCGAAGGUUCAUACCAAGAGGUGGGAGGGAUGGAGAGGGUAGAAGAAUGGGAUGGAGUCAGGGAGAGCGAGUUUGAUGAAUAUCCUGUUCAUGUCAUGAAUACAGUAUUGUGGCGUAUGCUUGGCUUUGGGGAGACUUUGACUACCCUCCUGAUUUUAACUGUUAAAAUCGAAGUGAUAAGUGUUUCUUGUUUUCAGACAGCAGUAUUCAAUCAUGCAGCAAACAAUGCAAGGAGCCUGCACUUCGGCAGUAAAUACGCCAGUGCCAAGCACUCUUCAGAUAAGUUUUCUCAAGACUACCCAGUAGUUGACCACACUUAUGAUGCUGUUGUGGUUGGUGCUGGAGGUGCUGGUUUACGUGCUGCCUUUGGUCUAGUACAGGAUGGCUUCCGCACUGCUGUCAUCAGUAAGCUGUUCCCAACACGAUCUCACACCGUUGCUGCUCAGGGUGGCAUCAAUGCCGCUCUCGGUAAUAUGGAGCCAGACAAUUGGGUUUGGCAUAUGUAUGAUACAGUGAAGGGCUCUGACUGGCUGGGUGAUCAGGAUGCUAUCCAUUACAUGACUCGUGAGGCUCCAAAGGCCGUCAUUGAACUGGAGAAUUAUGGCAUGCCUUUCAGUCGUACCCAGGAUGGCAAAAUCUAUCAACGAGCAUUUGGUGGUCAGAGCUAUAACUUUGGCAAAGGCGGCCAGGCUCACAGGUGUUGUUGUGUGGCAGACCGUACAGGCCAUUCUCUCCUCCACACCCUUUAUGGACAGUCUCUGAAAUAUGACUGCAACUAUUUUAUAGAAUAUUUUGCUCUGGAUCUUCUGAUGGAGGAUGGGGAGUGCCGUGGUGUCAUUGCACUCUGCCUAGAAGAUGGAUCAAUCCACAGAUUCCGUUCUAAAAAUACUGUGCUGGCGACGGGCGGUUAUGGUCGUGCUUUCUUCUCCUGCACCUCGGCACACACCUGCACGGGGGACGGCAACGCCAUGGUCGCGCGCGCUGGCCUGCCGUGUCAGGAUUUGGAAUUUAUUCAGUUUCAUCCCACUGGAAUCUAUGGUGCUGGCUGCUUGAUGACUGAGGGAUGCAGGGGAGAAGGCGGCUUUUUGGUUAAUGGUGAGGGAGAGAGGUUUAUGGAGCGUUACGCACCAGUUGCCAAAGACUUGGCAUCUCGUGAUGUUGUCUCACGCUCAAUGACCAUUGAAAUUCGAGAGGGUCGAGGAUGUGGACCCGAGAAAGAUCAUGUCUUCUUACAGCUUCACCAUCUUCCCCCAGACCAGCUGGCACAAAGGUUGCCGGGUAUUUCUGAGACCGCCAUGAUCUUUGCUGGUGUAGAUGUGACCCGUGAGCCCAUUCCUGUACUUCCUACAGUGCACUACAACAUGGGCGGUGUCCCAACCAACUACAAGGGACAGGUGGUUACAUAUGACGGAAAAGAAGACAAAAUUGUGCCUGGUCUGUACGCUGCAGGUGAGGCAGGGUGUGCCUCCGUCCAUGGAGCCAAUCGUCUGGGAGCCAACUCUCUCCUGGACCUUGUGGUGUUUGGCCGAGCGUGUGCUCACACGAUAGCUCAGGAAAACAAGCCUGGUGAAUCCAUCGGGGAGCUGUCUCCUAAUGCUGGCGAGGCAUCAGUGGCCAACAUUGACAAGCUGAGAUUUGCGAAGGGCAACAUGUUGACGGCAGAAGUGCGAUCAAUAAUGCAGAAAACGAUGCAAAAUCACGCGGCAGUCUUCCGCACCGGUGAAGUCCUAAAAGAAGGUUGUGAUCGAAUGACUGCUCUAUGGCCCAAGUUGGAUGACAUUAAGCUGGUUGACCGUGGCAUGAUAUGGAACACAGAUUUGGUGGAGACCCUGGAACUUCAGAAUCUCAUGAUCAAUGCGAUUCUAACAAUAGUCGGAGCAGAAGCCCGAAAGGAGUCUCGGGGUGCUCAUGCCCGCGAAGACUAUAAGGUUCGCCAUGAUGAAUACGACUUCAGCAAGCCCCUAGAAGGUCAGAAGCCCGCACCAUUUGAAAGUCACUGGCGGAAGCACACACUCUCUACUGUCAAUAUGGAAACUGGUGCUGUGAAGCUAUGGUAUCGUCCUGUAAUUGAUCACACCCUAGAUGAUGCAGAAUGUGCAACUGUACCACCUGCUAUCAGGUCCUACUAAAGUUACUUGUGUAAUCAUCAGUUAACUAUAUAUAAGUUUGUAUAUGAUUACUAAUUUUAUAUAAUUGGUUACUUCACAUGUUCAUUUUAUCUUAGACAAGUAGCUGCAUAAUAUUUCUAAAUAAUAAUUUGUCUUCCAAAUUAUUUUCUCACUUUUACCUAGUUAAUCAAUUGGCUCUUUUUGGUAUUUUGCUGGGAGCACAAAAAUGUAGUGUAUAGUUUAAACAGUAGUUUGUAUUGCCAGGUAGUAACUUGUAUUGCCCAUCACCUAUAUGUAGUAUAGGUUUGUAGAAAGUGUACAGCCAUUUUACCCAGGAUACAAAUGUGUGUAUAUAUAUAUUGUCAUAUCGAAUUGUGUCCAUUGUAUGUUUGUAGAAAAUGCAAUAAAUGACUUGGCUUUUUAUCAUAAUCAUUUAUCUCUUCCUGUCCUCUUCCUGCUCUGUAACAGGAGAAGGCUCUGGACAUGAUACCUAAUUUGUUAAGUAAGUGAAGGGUAUAAAUAUUCAGACAGUAAUUUAAUACCGUUGUUCACUUUAAUAUCUAUGUUAAAAUUGGUAAUCUUGCAUGUAUACUUACUCUUUCAUACAAUUUUAAAUUGUUAUUGUUUUAUUUGUUUCAUAUAACAAAUGUCACUCGAUAGAUAAUACACCCUUGUACAAGGCCUCUUAUUGAACACGUUGUUAUUGUUGUUUCAAUACAUAAAUAUUUAGUUAAAUAUGAA